AAAAUGUCUCGACGGGAACUAAUUCUUACCUUUCUGCUUCAGUUUGCAGGCAUCAGCGCAGAAAUAAAAGCUCUCUACAAAAGACUCGGAGAAAACGUUGCUCUGCCAUGUGGAAAUGCUGCAUCAUUCAAUUACUCUUAUUGUUCUGCAACUACAUGGAUUUUCAACAAAAAACAAGAUUCAACCGUUUCAUUGAUCCAGGGUGGACAGUUUGAAAAAGCUGAUGAGGACAGGAUGACUUGGGGCCCUCACUGCUCUCUGAACAUCAGAAACAUCACAGCGGACAACGCUGGUCUCUACGGCUGUAAACUGACCUCUGAUGCGGAGGAAGCCCGGCUCUAUCUAAAUAUUUUGACAAUCUCUCCAGCAGGUCCAGAUCAGGAUGGAAGAAUCACAUUAAAAUGCUCUCUACUUAAAUACAACAAUAAACCGUGUGAGCUCAACAGCAUCCACUGGCUGGACGAAGCAGGGAACAAGCUUAAGGGCGAAGGUGUCGACUAUGAAGUGUUCAGACAGAUGAACUGUAUGUCUGCUCUGCGGGUGAAACAUGAGCGUAACAGGAAGUAUCGCUGCCAGCUGGAUGAUGGGAAGGAGAUAUAUGUGCACUACACACCUGGACGCUCAGAUGCUACAAAUGAUGCAAACCAGGGAGAUGAUGUAGGUGGUGUAUUUCCGACUCAGAAGUACGUCUUCAUGGCUGCAGCGCUGGUCGGGCUGUUCGUCGCCCUGCUGGCCGUCACCGCCGUGCUCCUCAAACGCAGGAAGAGCGCAAAAGAUGUUUCAAAUGAAAUACCAGCACAUACUGUUAAGCUAUCUCACGUGGAGAGUGCAGCGCCGCAGGCGGACCCGGAUGACAACCUGAUCUACACCACCAUCAGCCACGGCGACCAGAGCAAGAGCAGCGGCAGCAGGAGGGUCCAGGAGGAGGACGAGGUGACCUACUCCACCGUGAAGAUUUCCUCUACAGGAGACAGAACCAUGACAACCGGCUGACCGGCUGAUUCCAACAAACAAUGUAUACACAGAAAAAAAAAAAAAAUGUUCUUUAUCAUUUUUGUGUAUUCAUAAUGCCUCAGAGUUUUAUUUUUACUUUAAUGUGUUGAUAAGUAAGUAAUAAGUGCCCAGUAAUUAACGCUUGUUUGUACC